AUGAAUAGUGAUUUCAAGGAGGGAUUCGCCAAUGAUGGAUUUUAUGGCCUUUCCUCUCAAGAAUCAUUUAAUCCAGUUACUACUGUUUCUAGUGCAUAUAAAGUACAACCUAGUUUAUGGUGUUCAUCUCUGGAUCAGCGGCUAUCUACCGGAACACAUCCCUAUCCGAACUCGUUUGAGGAACCAAGUGGAUCUCCCAAUAAGAAGAAGAAAAAGCAUAAAAAGAAAAAGCAUAAACACUAUGAAGAUGGUGAUACAAGUGGGACAGGAGGUGAAUCAAACGCUACUACUCCAGCUGCUUGCGGUGGUACUACUCCGAACAAAGUUGAGGACAACUGUCUGUCUCCUGCUUCAACAUAUGGUGUUGUCAAAGUAAACGCUGAUACUAAGAAGCUGUCUUUAAAAAUUUUUAAACGACCUGCGAACGAUGGUUCCCAGCCUGUUUUUACGGUGGAGCAUUUGGGUGGUGGUGGGGCAGUUAAGAAGGAGAAGAAAACGAAGCGAAAUAAGGAUAAAGACCGUGAACGUCGAAACCACCGUGAAACCCAUUCAAAAUCAGAUCCUCCGUCUUCACCAAUGGAAAUGCAUAUUCAGCAAACUAUGCCAUUACCUGUAGAGUUAGCAAUAAAAACUCAUAACACUCUCACUUCAAGUAGUCCUGUUAUUACAACAACAAAUAACGAUAGCUGUAAAAGUGUAAGGCCAAUCCUUCCUGCUUUUACUCAUCCUAUGUCCAAAGAUCCUUCCCAGUUAGACUUAUCGCUCAUAACAAGCGAAAGUUUGUUCGAAAAUUUGAGUUCAAUGAACAAUUUGUAUCAGCAACCUCAGUCUCAGUCCACUUCCAGCCUUCCCAGUACUCCAGUUUCAUUUUCUGGAGAUGGCAAAACAGUUGUCUCAAGUAGUUGUGGUCCCUCCACGUGUGUGUAUAGCACUUCCGAUACCUCACAAGUUAAUUCAUUCACUUCCAAAUCAAAUAUAUUUUAUGAGUUGUUACGAAACAGUGAUUCUGCUACGACACUCAGACACAUGACGGACAGUGUUCCUAGUGAUAUGAUAAUGCCAUCUAGUUCAUCUGCUUCGAAUGCUAUAAGUUCUGUGUGCAACAUGAUGGACUUUGCUUCUAGCUUCUUGCAAAAUGAAAUGCUUUCAUCCAAUUCCUCUUAUGUUAACUUUCCACUUGGUAUUACUUCCUUAGCCACUUGUGAUAGCGCUACUGUCCUAAAAACUAGUUUUCCUUUGCAGCAAUCUAGUACCAAUGCUUCAUUCCUAGUUACAUCACACUUACUUGAUUCUAGUCAAUCAUCUGUUGUUACGGCUGCGGACUCCACUUUGGAUGUUUUUGGGUGGCAUACUGAAUAA